AUGCUCAUAAAGUCCAAUUGUAUUGGUGGUGCUGCCUCAUGUCAUAUACCAAAACAAUACGUUGACCGGUUAAAAUUGAAGAUCGGGGAGGCCGAAAGUGUGGCAGUGGCGAAAAGCUCGCAACUGCAUGAGGAGAAAGGAAGCGGCGCGCCGCGCGGUGUGAUAAGGCAGCCGGCUGGCGUCGCGCGGCGCGUCGGGGGUCGGGGGGCGCUCGGCGGGGUGGGGAUGUGCGGGGGGCGUGCAGCGGGGGUGCGGGGUGAGGGGUGCGCGCGCAGCGACGCCCCGCGCCGCGCCGCUCGCCUCCCGUCAGUCGCCCGCCGACUCCGCUUGUGCUUGUGUGACUCGCGCCGCUCUGUGCACCGCACUCGUGCUCCGAACACGACGCGUGCCGCCCUGCCUGUGGCCGCGAACGCGAACUCUACGCUACCGGCGACUCGUUUUUCCCAAUUUACGUGCGACUUGCUA